CCCCGGGUUGAUGAUCUUCGAUAGUACAUGACUGGCGGCCGCGGAAAACGGAUAACGACCGGGAGUCUCGCGAAGAUGCGUGUUCCGUGGCCGCGUCGCGCGUAACAAAGCGGGCGAUGUUGUUGACGGGGGUCGGUUACGCGAGCGAAUCGACGUAAAAAGAACGGGGUCGCCGCGCGAUAUGGAUUUAUCGUAAUAGAUGACGAGGUGCCAGGCGCGGACCCUCUCGCGACGUAUCCCCGAAUCGCGUUGAUGGCGAGGUUAAUCGCCUACGAGGAAACUCGCUGGGAAUGGCGAGGUAAAACAGCUGUGCAGGAAUGCAUACGUGGUCCCGGUUACCGCGGCACAAAAUGUAACGCUUAAGCUGUCGCUGAACUGAGAGCAGCUAACGGCGCGCAAAAUGGAGAAAGUUAUACCAAUGAGUUGGUUGAACCAAAUACUGCUAGUUUUUAGCGUGGCAGCUGCGAUACUCUCCUUGGUUGUGCAAGGGUGGACUGGUCUCGCGCCUCUGCCGAUCUACGUUUCCAUCUCCUGGGCCGUAUUCGUCACGGUCAUAUCCGUGUGGUUGAGCUGUUGUCUGCUGCGUCUCACGCUGAAGGCCAAUAGUCCGAUCGCUCUGGGAUUUGCGAAUGAAUGGAUGCGCGAGAGGCUGGCGAGCUGGCUGGGUUCGGUAGACGAGGAUGGAAGCACGGAGGUCGCUCGCAAAGGUGACGAGGAGGACCAAGAGAACUCGAAUUCCGCACAACAAGAUAGCGUUAAGCGCAACAACGAUGAAACCCGUAAGAACGAGGUCCCCCUGACGAGGCGAAAAAAGCUGGACGUAACAGAAAUGACGCGGGAGAUCAAUGCGAAGUGUAUAGAAGUCUGGUAUAGGAAUAUAAGUAGCGACAAGUCAUUCCCUGACGAGGCGCAGGACUUGUUGAUCAAGUUCUUGACCAGGCUCGUCUGGAAAGCCAGUCUGAUAGAUAAGAUAAAACUUAUUAAUAAGUUGGCAAACGUGCUGCUGUUACACCUGAAGGAGUACCGUAGGGCGUUGCGCAGAGUCGAGAAGGGUGCUGCAGCUAGCGUGGAGGAGGCGUACAAAUACCUGCACCCCGGUUCUCGCAACGCGUCGACGCAGGAGCACAUGUUGCAUCGUUUAGUUACGGUUCUGGCACAAGAGUUUUUACAGUGGGAAUUAACUAGCUCAUUACCGUGCAAACUUUUGUUAUCUAUCCUAGCGAAGAGGCUCUUAAUAACGAUAGACACGAUAAGCUGCCCCGAUUGGUUGAUCGAGAACCUGUUGAGAUUACUGGAAGCGCCAGCGAACCAGGUUGCCACUCCAGUAAAACAGAAUAUCAAUGGUACUAUAACUGUUGCUCUAAGCGACGGUAUCACGUCCGCGACGGCGGCCGUGAUUCCGCAGCAAUUGCCAAAAUCCGUAUCCAAGUCUAGUCCAACUGCAGCUACUACGAGCGAAGACGAGAGUGCAGCUUCAACGGCAGCUCCGGAAAGGUCAACUCUGUGUCUGGAAGGUCUCUCCACGGAACACAGAGGCCUAUGGGGGGACAGCAUAACGGACAGCAUAAUUGACGCGGAUCUGGAAUUGGAGGAAGACAAGAUAUCACCGGUGUACGAGGAACCGACGGAUUUCGCGACGACCAUCGCCAGGCUGAGAAAUCUGCUGCAACAGAAAUCUACGGCAACCACGCCACUGCACGCCGAAGAAAAGUCCUACGUAAUAUACGACGGGAGCCAAUUUACGAAUUUAUCGAUUCCUUGGACCGAGUUUCACACCGCGACGGACGGCUCGCAGCAAUUGUACUACUGCAUACAAUUUGACGACGUCGAGCAGCGUGGGAUGGAUCUGUUUGAAACGACCACCGCUACGGUCAAGAGGCAGUACGCCGAUUUCGUUCAGUUGCAUCUCAGUUUGGAAGAAAUGCCGUCGUUGGCGAGUGUCAUGUCGGAAUUGGUGUUGCCCGAAGGUGGCCGGAUCGAGCUGGAGACGUACUUGAAGACACUGUGUACGCGACUGGCGAACGAGUGUCCGCCGCAGCUGCGUCAUUUUCUUCGACCUAGUAGCAGCGCGGGCAAGAAGGCCGACGCGGUAGCGCCUCGUUUAGAUCGAUUUCUGGCCAAGACCGUGACUGGUGUUUUCAACACGUUGAAAACUGUUGUACCGGGUUUCGAGAUGGAUCAAGAAGAAGAGGCUUCGCCCCCACCCACCCUAAUGCCCUUGUCUGACAUACCCUGGAGAUUUGUCGAGGACAUAAAGUCGAAAAGCCUAGCUUGUGAACUCCAGCAAUUGAUCGCGGAGAGGACGGAGUACUGCACGGUAGACACUGCUUACGAAGCAGUCGACUCGAUGGAAGCAAGUGGCGAUUCGGAGUUACUCGAUUGCUGGUGGGAGACUAUCAAUACUUCGUACGACGACGAAUUGGACGAGCUGGAUUCUAAUUUAACGCUGACCUGCACGACGAUAGAUCUGAUUUGCGAGCUUCUAGCGGGCAUCGCUAGUAACAACACGUUGCAGCAAGAAGCGGUCGUUAGAUGGACGAAAUUGCUACUCGGGAACGUUUCGGAGCCAAUCCUGCAGAAAAUAAUUAUCUGGUUGUUCGACUCUCUGAGCGGCUCCUCGUUAAUUUGGGACGCGUCGCAGGACGUCGCGAAUCAGAACAGCACGCAGUCGAGGGACAAGUUGCUGCGUAUACUGGAGGACAGGCUGUCGUACGAUGUGAAGCUGAUAUUCGGCGAGGACGACUUGCGCAAGGCCCUCGACUAUCUGCUGGGUUCAUACGAAAUCAAAAGGAUCAACUUGGACUUGAACAUGCAAAUGUUGGACGCACUAGUAUCAGAGCUGUUGGUUUGCUGCAAGACGCAUCACGACGCCGCGAAUUAACUUCGACUCACAUCCGGUUCUCUAGAUAGAAUUCUUUAGAAGAUUGCGACUUAAGUGAGACUCGCACACUAUCCUUUGUUCUCUUGACGACGUGUCUGCGGGAGUCAUUAAGAUACUUAUAUCAAAAUACAUAUGUCGAGGAGAAUCGACACGUGCCAUACGACAGACCCGUUUACGUUCUCGGUGAAAACCUGGCGGAUUUAAAAGGAAAAAAAAAACGAAGACUGUACCUGAUUAUACAUUUACAAUAAGAU